UAGAACAGUUUAGAAUUAUAAAUAAAGCAAUGAUGGUCACUCGCACGGAUUGUUAUCUCGCGCUAAUACUUUUAUUGGUAUUAUUUGGAGCGGUCGUGUCAACUUCAAGAUUCACCAACAUUAUUUGCAAAUCUUUCGAUGAAAGUUUAGCUAUUUUUCAAUAUUGUCGGCUAACGGUACCGAAACGGGGUACGAUUGCGUUAUCACUUUAUGCGAAAAUCUUAAAGAAACCGUUUAGUAAUAUUACAAUAAAUCUGAGUUUGUUCAAAAAGUUCAAUGGUUAUCGUCCAUUUCUGCAGAAUGUUUCCGUCGAUCUAUGUUCCUUCAUGGCGAAUAGGAAACGUUUUCCCUUUGUGAAAAUAUAUUUUGAUGCCUUCGCGAAAUACUCGAAUUUCAACCACACUUGUCCGUUCAAUCAUGACAUUGUUUUUAAUAAUCUUGUGAUGCGUGAUGAUAUGUUCGCUCGCUUUCCGAUUCCAGGAGGAGAAUAUAUGUUUAAGGCGGUAUAUGCGAUGAACAUGGAAUGGAAGGUUGAAACGAGGGUAUAUUUAUUGGUUAAUGUUAAUGCAAAGUAGAAUAUGUUCUAUAAUAUCCAUACCUAUAAUAAAUGAGCUUCUCGUUGAA